GUUUGUUUGAACCAAUGCCUAACGCCAAUUUGUUUUUUAUUGCAUCCUCGUACUUGACACGGGAUGAGUAAGGGUGAUGUUGGUGCUGCAGAUGGUCAGCAACAAGUCGAAGAUGAAUACCUUAAAGAAUUUGUGGACUUAAGCCCAUCAGGAGAUCGUGGUGUUCUCAAGAAGAUCGUACGAGAGGGCAAUUGUGAAGUCCAGCCAUGUGACGGAGAUACCGUAAUAGUACACUACGUCGGCACCUACUACGGUGGUGAUGAGAAUGGCAAGGUCUUCGACUCUAGCAGAGAACGAAAUGAGAAGUUCGAGUUUACUAUUGGAAAGGGUGAUGUAAUCAAGGCGUGGGACAUCGGUGUUGCUACAAUGAAGUUGGGAGAAGUUUGUGAGUUGAUUGCUGCCCCUGAGUAUGCAUACAUGGAUGGGAAAGCACUAAAGUUCGAGGUGGAGCUCUUCGAUACUUUGGGCUCUGAUGUCAGUAAAAACAAAGAUGGUAGUGUUCGGAAGUCUACUAUCAGAAAAGGGAUAGAUAUUCACAACCCCAUUGCUGGCGCUGAGGCCACAAUUCUCUUUCGUAAUUUAACAGAGAUGACAGAGGAUGUUGAGGUUACCUACUGUGUGGGUGAUCCCACCCCAGAAGUACCAGAAGAGUUGGAUCUGGCUAUUCGUCAUAUGAACACAGAUGAACUCAGUCGAGUUAUCUUUUGCAAAGACAAGAGCUCAAUUCUCUCUGGGGAUUCAAACAAGAAUCGGGUGGUUUAUCAACUGACACUGAAAUCUUUUGAAAAGACGAAACACCUCUCCGGCAUUUCGUCCUUCCCAGAGCAGAUGGAAUAUGCCAACACAUUGAAGGAAAAGGCUAACAGUUUCCUAAAGGAAUCUAAAUAUGAUCCAGCUAUUGAGUUGUAUAAACGUUUGGAUGACGAACUGCAGUACAUAGUGGCGAGUGGUCCCGACCAACUUAAGUUAUCUGAAAUUGUUGCCGCCGUCAGACUGAACUCAGCUUUGGCAUAUCUAAAACUUGGAAAGCCAGAUAAGUGCAUUGAGUUCUGCAAGAAAGUGCUUGACACUUCUCCUGGUAACGAAAAGGCUUUGUUCAGAAUGGGUCAGGCACACAUAUUACGUAGAGACCAUGAGGAAGCAGCUGUCUACUUCAAGAUGGUUGUAAAGAGAAAUCCUAGUAACUCCUCUGCAGUAAAACAGCUUCAGCUUUGUGAACAGGUGGUCAAGAAAGCCAAAGAUACAGAGCGGAGAAUGCUCCGAGGUGUUUUCGAGCGCUGUAAAGAAACUGGGUUGGGUGGUGCUGGCGAUUAUGAAAAUGGUGCUAUUUCUGUGGAUGAAAAGUCAGCUGUAUAGUGGGAUUCGCACGCUGAACUGACUGGUUGGCAAUCCUUUAUUACGUAUAUGUUACUCAGUUGGUACCUACUCAAUUUCAGAGUUAUAAAUAAACGUGAAGUUU